AUGAUAUCCCAGUUUUUGAUAUUGUUUCUACCCCUUCUGGUUCACUGUCAACGAGAAUUGGAUUGUGGUUUCUUGAAUUCCACAUUCGAGUUCAAGGAUUGGGAUAAUGUUGAAAAAAGCUAUGUCGGUGGAUGUUGCACUUUCGAAUGUGUUAAGAUUCUUGACCAAAUUGAUGAGGAUUGGAGAAAAUCGAAUAAACCGCGGGCAAUGUUAGUCAGUGAAUUAUACCACCGUGAGGAGAACUGUUGCAAUGAUACUCCGGCGACCGUUGGGACAAGUGAGACAUCUACUAUUAUUCCUUUUACUGCUCCAACUGUAUCCAGUACUACUGAUACUAGCACUUCUGAUAAUACCAUCUCAAUCCCUACCACCUCUCAGAGCGUCAGUCAAGAAAAAGAGAUUCAAAUGGAAGAAGCAAUUAUAAAUCUCAAACAUUUAGUCGAAAAUUUAAGACUAUUUGAUGGCAUCCAAAGAUUUGUGAAUGAGCCGGAAAGUUUGUAUGAGAUCGCAAAGAAUAUGAGAAAAGCACUGAAAGAGGCGGAACAAACUCUGGAAUUCGCGAUAAAAAUGGAGAAAAUCGUCGAGAAUCACUAUAAAAAUAGUGAGAAUUUCGAAACGAAGCUUGCGGAAGCCAGAGCCAUAACCGAGUUUGCACAGAAGCUAGACACAUUGAUGAAAACAAUAAUGGAUACUAUAAAACACAUUGCAGACGUUCUCGAGAUUGAUAUUGAGGACACAUGGCGCCGAAGCGUCCUCCGCCAGUUCCAUCAAACCAUUGAUUGGUUCAACGCACCGCCCGAUUUCGAGCCGAUUCCAGAGAAUUCCAUUUGGUUUUUCAGCAUCUUAUUGGCUACUCUCGUAUUCUAUAUGUACUUUACCAUUUAA